CUACCUCCACUGACGGACUCUCAUUACCAACUGAUUCCAUAGACAUGACAUGUUCUGCAUCCAGACCAAGACUUCUUCUAUGUGUUUUCAUGAAUGUUAACAAAUCUUCUUGCAGGUCCUUUACGGUAUCCAGUCGUAUUUCCACCAAUUUCAUACGCUUGUCAAAACUCACCAUGAUUUCUUUGAUGGCUUGGACAGACUCCAAGACACUAGCAAUAUCACCACUUUCAUCCUUUGUGUUUUCCAUCUUCGUAAUUUUCAUAAAAAACACCACAUUAUAAAAGGUUAAAACCACAUUAAAAUAAUUAUUUAUAUAUAUAUUUAUGAAUAUUAACAUACUAAUAAACCCUUGCUAUAAUUUCCUGAACUUGUCAUAUCAGCGGGUUAGGGGUGGUAAUUGGUCGGUAACCGGUUUACGGUAUACCGAGUCAUAGUAGAUGGCUGCCGAAUAUCGAAACCGAAUUCCUGCCGGUUAACCGGUUUACCGGGUUCCCGGUUAUCAGUCACCAAACCGGUUAACCACAUGCCGAUUUCAGCCCACAACAAAAAUCACAAUGAUGCUUGGGAAAGAAAAAGAAAAAUCAGACUGUCUUUCUAUCUCAUCAUCUUCUUCCUCCGCCCACUCUCUAACAUUUUCCCCGAUCUGAGUCGUCGGUCGCUUUCCUCCUCUUUCUUUCCAUCAAUCGGACAAAAAAAUAACCUCGACUUCUGGUCGCCGCUGUCGCCAUCGUCGUUGGAGGAAGAGGAAGAAGUAGAACAGAAGGUCAAGUGGGAGGUGGGAGGGCAGGCCUUUUUUGCUUUGUGGCGGAGAGUACGGAGAAAGAUCGGGAGGAGUGAGAGCAGUGAAGAAACAGAGUGGGUGAAAUUGAAAUUCCCAGCUCAGUAAUGUCCGCAGGGUGAGAUUGGGAUUUGAGAUAUAGGCAUUCUUGGUGGUAAAUGGAAGAACGGGAGGGGUUUCAUUCAGAUGCGGCGAAAUUGGAAUUGGAAAGGAAGUUCGGACUUUGAAUUGUGGGAUUGGACGGAGUGGCUAUGCAGAAAAAUACAGAGACUGGUAUCAAUUAACGCAUUUUACUUGGUUUGAUAUUUACUUUGUAUGACUGUCUUUUCUGUCCUUUAGCUUCAUCCUACUUCAUUUAGGUUUCAGUUCGUACCACAGUAAGGUUUUGAGUUGAGCAUUCAGUGUGUCUUUAUUAGGCCAAGUUGCUGACCCUUUUUAGGCAUUGAAUUGUUGUGAAUCAGUACCUAUAUAUUAGGGUCCAUAGAGUGUUCAGGACAAGGAGUCUUCUGGUUGCGAACCUUAGCAGUCAGAAUGUUUGGCUAUGAUAAUGUCAAUUGUCCAUCUGUUUCAUUAUAAUAGGUUAACAUCUGGUUUCUCUUAAAGUUUUCGGUUGUUUAUUUUAAUUUUGGCUCUCAUUUGCACUUUGGGUUAUCAAAAUUCACAUUUCAGGAAGCCCAUGGGAAAUAUCUUGACUUGCAUGAACUAUACAACCAGUACAUCAAUGCAAAGUUUGGGAGUUUGAUGAUUUUAAAAGCCUAAGAAUGCUUCUUUGUUUGGAGUUUAUUAUAUUUAAGUAUUUUCUAAAAGUAAUACAUUUUUCUUCUUCCCGAAAACCUAUGGCAUAAGAAUUAUAUGGCUUGGUAAUCUAUGAAAGUUGCAUUUGGUAUUCUAAUAAAAUAACAACAUCAUUACGCUUCUGAAAGUAAUAGAGGUUAAGUAUGAACACAUACCUUACUUCUCCACCCAGGGACGUCGAUUCUGCAUAAAAAUUCCUGCCCGCCAUGAAAAUCAGUACCAAACUAUGAAAUUAGGGUAGAAGGAAAAAAAAAACAAGCUAACUAAGCGACUCUGUAAACCCCUACUCCCUUCCACGAAAAGUGAGUCCUGAAAGAGGGAUAUGUUUUUAUAUAGUCCACAGUAGCAAUGAGAGUUUGAUAUGAAUUCAAAUGCUUCCUCUAUAUAUUAUUAAGAAUAAAUAUCCCCUUUUCUUGUUACGUAGUUGAUUGAAUAUUUAAAUAUAUGCUUAAAUAAUCA